AUGGUGGAUGAGUUGCCAGGAAACGGCGAAUUCUUUUGCGUAGAAUGCGAUCGAUUUUUUGUCAAUGAAUUUACCCUGAAGGAGCACAAGAGAAGUAAACAGCACAAGCAACGCGUCAAGGAGCUGAAAGUGGCCCCGUACAGUCACAAGGAAGCGGAACAAGCUGCCGGUAUGGGCUCAUACGUCAAGCCUGAAGCCUCAUGCUAUGGUUCAAAUAUGGAUCUCGACGUGGAUUCUACUGAAACGGGCAACACAGUCGCCAAUUCAGUUCGCGAUUACGAGGAUCUGCUCGCCGAUUCCUUCGCCAACUAUGUAAGUCUCAGCGAAAAGAUUGGCUCGGUGGUGCAGGAGCAGGCGGCACUGGUGAAGAAGGCCCUGGCCACUCAGCUCGCCAAUUCGGUUCGCGAUUACGAGGACCUGCUCGCCGAUUCCUUCGCCAACUAUGUAAGUCUCAGCGAGAAGAUUGGCUCGGUGGUGCAGGAGCAGGCGGCACUGGUGAAGAAGGCCUUGGCCACUCAGCGUGAUUUCAUCGAGCUUGCGUCUCGAUCUCAAAAGCCGGCCGACUCGCAGUUUGGCGAGCUACUUAAGCCGACGGCUGAUCUGAUCAGCCAGAUUCAGUCAUUCCGGGAGGCUAACCGCAGGAGCGACUACUUCAACCAUCUUUCGGCCAUUUCCGAGGGCAUUCCCGCUCUAGGGUGGGUGACCAUCUCGCCGACACCGGGACCCUAUGUGAAGGAGAUGCUCGACGCUGCUCAAUUUUACACCAACAAGGUGCUCGUCGCCUUCAAGGAGAAGGACCCCGUCCAGGCCGAGUGGGCCAAGGCGUGGAUUCAAUUUCUCACCAGCCUGCAAAUCUACGUCCGAAAGAACCACACCACUGGCCUCGUGUGGAACGCCAAGGGAGCCCCGGUGGUUAGCUCUGGAGGCGCCGUCGGUGCCCCGCCGCCGCCGCCGCCACCAGCUGCCGGCUUCUUCGAUGACGUCUCCUCGACGACGAGCGACAGCAAGAAUGGCGACUCCCGGGCCGCCCUCUUCGCCUCCCUCAACCAGGGCACUGACAUCACCAAGGCCCUGAAGAAGGUCUCCUCCACCCAGAUGACCCACAAGAAUCCGUCGCUCAGACAGUCGGGCGCUGUACCGGAGAAAGCCAGCGCCGGCGUGAACGGGACAGUCACCAAGGCGGCGCCGGCUAAGCUGCCACCGAAGUUUGAGCUGGAAGGCAAGAAAUGGCUCGUAGAAAAUCACCAGGGAAACAAGAGUCUGACCAUUACCGACACGAACAUGUCACAGUCGGUGAAUGUUUACAACUGCACCGAUUCGCUGCUCAUUGUCAAGGGCAAGGUGAACUCCAUCACCGUCAACAAAUGCAAAAAGUUUUCCAUUGUCUUUGACAACAUUGUCGCCGUCGUCGAGUUUAUCGACUGUCAGCGAGCUCAGGCUCAGGUGAAUGGCUUCGUGCCGACAAUCACCGCUGACAAGGCGGACGGCAUUGAGGUUUUCCUUUCCAAGGAGUCGCUUUCCUGUGAGAUUGUCAGCUCAAAGAGCUCUGAAAUUAACAUUUCAGUGCCGAAUGCCUCGGAUGAAUACGUUGAGCACCCGAUUCCCGAGCAGUUCAAGUCUAUCUGGAAUGGCAAAGGCUUCACCACAGUGGCGGUCGACAAGAACUAA